AUGACAUUGGGGAGCUCAUGUUUAAAAAGUUAUCAAAGCCCCCCAUUUCAAUUCCCUUUAGAGACCAGGGAGCAGGAGAACAGAAGGAAAGCUGUCUGCAUCUGCUCUGUGGCUUUGUCUUUCCCAGUAGCAGGCAUUCCCUCCCUAGUGGGCAAGUGUGCAGGUGGGAACACUGGGUUUCAGGAGACAUCCCUGAGUCCAGCUUCUGGGACAAAUGAAGCUACCCUCCCCAACCCACCCUCACCCUCCAAUGCUGCUUUAAGAGAUGAUAGGCUCAAGUGCUCUCAUUGGAGUCUGGAGGUACAGCCAGGACCAUGUCUGAGUGACCAUUUAGUUAACAGUGGAAAGUGGUGGCCUACCAACCUUUUCCUUCCUCACAUCACUGUCCCGGUUUCUGGAGCCCUUGGGAGGACCACUGAAGUGUCUGGCUCUCAGGCUACUGAAGUGUUACACUUUUGCAUCUUGACUCUUGCGCCCUUUUCUGUUUACACCAGCAGCGAGCAGAGGAAUAACAAGACCGUGUCCUGCGGGUGGCCCUGUGCCUAG